AUGACUGUCAUACACGACUCAUGCGAUCAGUUUGGGAAAUCACCAGUUUAUGUCUCCUUCUCCGGUUCUGGUUUCUUGGCAACAUAUCAGCUCGGUGCAGUUCAGUGUCUUUUGGACAAUGCGCCGUGGGUACUGCAAAGUGCACCACGGGUCUACGGCGCAUCUGCAGGAUCAAUAGUGGCUGCAGCUGUGGUUUGCGGCUCGAGCAUGGAUUCUGUGAAGGAUGAGCUGGUGGAAUUUGCGAAAUUUGCAAAGCAGCAUGCCCUUGGUCCGCUGCAUCCCAACGUGAACGUGUUGAAAUGGCUAGAAUGCACACUCCGUCGGUUCCUGUCCGAGGAUGCGCACCGUCUUGCGAACGGCCGCUUGCACAUCUCAAUGACACGUAUUCCGGAUGGCAAGAACAUUCUAGUUUCUGAGUUUCAGUCUAAAGAUGAUCUCAUCAAAGCCCUGUUGUGUAGCUGUUUUGUUCCUGUGUAUUGUGGGGUUUCCCCUCCAUCUUACAAAGGAGUGCACUACAUUGACGGAGGGCUCACCAACAUUCAGCCCAUCCAUGACACCUCCCACACUCUCACCAUUUCUCCGUUUGCUGGAGAGGUGGACAUCUGCCCAUCUGAUAAAGCCUCCAUCCUCUGUGACCUGGUCAUCAAUGGGUUCUCUAUGCAACUCACACUACCCAACGUCUUCAGAGUGUCUGAUGCCCUAUUCCCACGUGACUGGAGGGUGCUGAGUAAGGCAUACAACAAUGGAUAUCGGGAUGCCUUUCACUACUUAAACGAAAGCUACUCCUGCUGUGCUGGGGCGCUGUGGUCUGGAGAGUGGACAGACUCUCAGACUGUGGAGGACGGGGAAAUGGGUGAAGAGACGGAGAAGUCCAGUACAGUGAUAGCCUCUCAGCAGGAAGAGGUUUCUAAAGAGGUCUGCCCACAAGUGGAAGACUCCUCCUGGAGGAGUUCUGUCUUUCUGGGUCAGUCAAGCUAUAAAAACCCUGAACAACAGAUCCCUGGGGCGUUGUUGUGGAACUACAUGGUACACCUGCAGAUGAUGGGUAUCCUGAGUCUCUACCUUCCACCCAAGAUGAUAUCAUAUCUGCUCCUCCCAAUUUCCUUGACUGUCUUCAUCAUCACUACAUUCACUAAUAGCUUUCAGCUCUGGUGUGUUGAAGCUCUGGUGAUUGCUUACUGGCUGUGGCAGGAUGCCAAACAUGUUUUAAUCUUCUUCAUCAGCAUCGUGACCUCCAGCUUACAGCGCGGUUUAGGCAACAGGCUGCCCCUGUUGUUCCUCAUCCCAACGCUGCAGGCCCAGAGUAAAUACAGACUUGAGGGGGAGCACUAA